AUCUCUCUUGUCAUCUUCUAUGCAUCUUCUAUAUGCAUGUAUAGUUUGCUUCAAGUGGAGGCCAUCUAUGAUUCUAUAUAUAUCUCUCUUUGUCAUCCAGUUACUCUACACCAAGACUACACCUUGUUUAACAAAUUGCUGGAGCUAAUUCUUCUUCAAUUCAAUUCAAGGGUUUAGGGUUCCAAAUUCGGGAGCGAUUUGAUGGGUUUUAGGUUGGGCGACUUGUAACAAUUUUUUCUCAUCUCUGCUGGUCAUUUAAACUCAGGUUUACGCUUUAGAUUGCUUAUACUUCAAUCCUUAGCAGAUUUCAGUUACCUUGAUUUGUGGUUGAGAAGUAGAGAUGGCAUCCAAAUCAAGACCAAGAACAAUAAGCGUGUAUCUUUACAUCCCAAACAUCAUUGGGUACAUAAGAAUUCUGUUGAACUGUUAUGCCUUUGCGAUAUGCUUUACCAAUAAGGAGCUUUUUUCGGUCCUUUAUUUCAUCAGCUUUGUUUGUGAUGCCUUGGAUGGUUGGUUUGCUCGCAAAUUUAAUCAAGUUUCAACAUUCGGGGCGGUUCUGGACAUGGUCACAGAUAGGAUAAGCACUGCUUGUCUGCUAGUUAUUCUCUCUCAAGUCUACAGACCGAGCUUUGUAUUCCUGUCGCUGCUUGCGUUAGAUAUUGCAAGCCAUUGGUUUCAGAUGUACAGUACUUUCUUGGUUGGAAAAUCGAAUCAUAAAGACGUGAAAGACAGCACCAGUUGGUUAUUUAAGUUAUACUAUGGAAACAGGAUGUUUAUGGGAUACUGCUGUGUAGCUUGCGAGCUUCUUUACAUCAUUUUGUUUCUUCUAGCAAAGGAGUCGGAAAAGAUGACCGAUGUUUUGCUGGACGCUGCAAAACAAAAUAUAAUAUAUUCUGCAUUACUUGCGUUUCUUCUGUUUGGAUGGGCAACCAAACAGCUAGUCAAUGUUAUACAGAUGAAGACGGCAGCAGAUUUAUGUGUGCUAUACGACCUCAACAAAAAGCAGAAUAAGUAGGUAUUGUGGUAUCCGUGACAAAUACAUAGAUAUAUCCUUUUCUUUUGAGCUGUGAAGUCGUUGAUGCACCUUCAAGAUGGCACUCGUCUUGUUCUGUCUGAAAAAUACUGAUUGCAGAAGAAAAUCUUGUGUAUACUUUAGUGCAUAACUCAUUUUUUCCGAACGCUUUCUGUGUUGUUGGGAUUUCGGGUGGAUUAAAGUUCAACUAAUUCAUCAAUUCCUUUUAUUUUCUCAUAGGUAAAUUAUCUUGUGUUGAUGUAGUGUCUGUCUUGUAUCUUUUUGAUGAUUGAAAUGGAUUUCUUUAGUUUUUAUGCA